AUGGAUCCGCGGAAUCCGACAGCAAGGGAGCACGCGACUGCCGCCGGCAGCCGCGGUGGUGGAGAGGGGGCGCCGCCGGGUGAGAGAGAGAUGGCGCCGCCGCCGGGUGCAGGGGAGGAACCGCCGCCACCUCUGGGUGGGAAGCCGCCGUCGGGAGGGGGAAGGGCCGCCAUGGCCACCUUCAAGACGGGGAAGGGCCGCCGCGACCGCUGUUGGGGUGGGGCCGUGGGGAAGGGUCGCCGUCGAGGUGGAGCCGCCCGCCGCCACCACUCCCUGUGCGUGAUCCAAAUGGGGAUGAGGAGGGAGAUCCGGACCAUUGGAGGCCACUGGACGUCGCCGCCACCAUGGGAGGCUGGAUCCGCUAGUCAGUGA